UUUACAUUAUGUCAAAAUUUGUGUUACUGCUCGGCAUGGUGGCACAGGCCUGUAAAUUGCAGCACAGCAGAGACAGGCUGAUGAUCUCUGUAAGUUUAAGGCCAACCCUGUGCUGAUACAUAGUUCCAUGCCAGUCAGGGUUAUGUCUCAAACCACAAACUGUUGCUGCAGGUCUGCAGGGUCUCAAUAUUCACAGGAACAGUGCAAAUUGGGAGUCAUAGGAGGUAUAGUAAUGGCCCCUCAAAACCUGUGACUCACCUCAUACAUGACGAGGGGGACUUCAGGUGGGAUUAGAGAUGCUAGUGAUGAGGAGGUUGUCCUAUGCAGUCUGAUGGGCUCUGUCUGUCACAUAAGUUCUUAAAAGUGGAACACAAGUAUAUAGACUCCAUGGAAACCUCCAAGCUAGGCCUGCAACUUAGAACUGUUAGGAUCGUGUGGCUUCAAACCAUUGUCUGGUUUAAGGCAGUGCUAGAAAACAAAAGCCUGCAUUAUUCUGUUUUAUCGUGAGAAAACCUGUUGAGAGGGACCACACACUUUGCAGUUAGAUCUGGGGAAAUCCAGGCCAAGUACAUCCAACUCAAGUGCCCAGCUCCUCUCUUGAGAAUAAGCAUGGUAAAACUGGAUGCUCUACAGCUUUGUGUUGGCAUCGCGGCCCCUUUAAGAGCACAGGAGGAGGGGCUUGUGGCAGUUGCUUGGAAACCACCUAGCUCUCAGGACGCGAGGUCCUCCUUUGGAUCUGCAAGCCUGGCCCGAGCAAGUAGGUAAAACCCAUCUGUGCUUUGAAACAAAACUGCAUCCUCCCAAAGGAAUCAUUGGCUAACUCAGUAUCUAAGGUAAACUCUCCCUCUUCCAAAGGCCAUGGUGAAAGAAAAGAAAAAAGCAGACAAGAAGGGAGAUAAGUCGGCUCGUUCUCCCUCCUCCAAUUCUGAUUACCCAGAGGCUUCCAAACAAAAUGGCAGUGCCAGUAAGCAGGAAGUACCCAGCAGUGCCAACAUCCCAACACUGGAAAUGUCCCUCAAACAAUCGGCACCCAAAAGAGACUCCACAAAUAUGUAUCAGAGUGAAGAUGAAACCCAGUAUGAAGAGCCCAUCCUGACCAAACUCAUAGUAGAAAGCUAUGAAGGGGAGAAAGUGCGGGGACUGUAUGAGGGAGAAGGCUUCGCUGUCUUUCAAGGCAGAAACACCUACCAUGGUAUGUUUUCAGAAGGACUGAUGCAUGGACAAGGGACUUAUAUUUGGGCUGACGGAUUGAAAUAUGAGGGGGACUUCGUGAAGAAUAUUCCCAUGAAUCAUGGCGUGUACACAUGGCCAGAUGGCAGCACAUAUGAAGGAGAAGUGAUCAACGGCAUGAGGAACGGAUUUGGUAUGUUCAAGUGUGCCACACUGCCCGUGUCCUACAUCGGCCACUGGUGUCACGGCAAGAGACAUGGGAAGGGCUCCAUCUAUUACAAUCAAGAGGGAACCUCUUGGUAUGAGGGAGACUGGGUAUACAACAUCAAAAAAGGCUGGGGAAUAAGAUGCUAUAAGUCAGGAAACAUAUAUGAAGGCCAGUGGGAAAACAACAUGCGCCAUGGGGAAGGCAGAAUGAGAUGGCUGACAACAAAUGAGGAGUACACUGGGCACUGGGAGAAGGGGAUCCAGAAUGGCUUUGGAACACAUACAUGGUUCCUAAAGAGGAUCCCCAACUCUCAGUAUCCUUUGAGAAACGAAUACAUAGGAGCAUUUAUAAACGGAUUCCGUCAUGGCCAUGGGAAGUUUUACUAUGCCAGUGGAGCAGUGUAUGAGGGAGAAUGGAUUUCCAACAAAAAGCAUGGCAGGGGCAGAAUGACUUUCAAGAAUGGACGUGUGUAUGAAGGUCUGUUUUCCAAUGACCACAUCGCACAGUACCUUGAAGCUGAACUCGAUUUUUCACGCGGCCUGGACCGUCGGUCAGAUGUCUCCCAAAGGAGCCGGCAGGCUCGGGGAUCUUCUGUCAGUGCUGGUAGGGAGCCUGAGACCCUACGAAAGUUGGAUGGCAGUGAAAGCCAUUCUGUGUUAGGAUCAAGUAUUGAGCUGGACUUGAAUUUGUUGCUGGACAUGUACCCUGAGGAAAGCCAAGAAGAAGAAAAGAAGCAGGUAGAAUAUGCAGUCCUAAGGAACAUUACAGAGUUAAGAAGAAUCUACUGCUUCUACAGCAGUCUCGGCUGUGACCACUCUCUGGAUAACACCUUUCUGAUGACAAAGCUUCACUUCUGGAGAUUUCUCAAAGACUGUAGGUUUCAUCACCACAAUAUAACCCUUGCAGAUAUGGACAGGGUACUAAGUGUCUAUAAUGGCAUACCAAUCGAAGAAAUCCACUCUCCGUUCAGAACUAUACUCUUAAGAACAUUCCUGAAUUACCUCCUGCAGUUGGCUCACCACAUCCAUCACAAAGAAUUCCAGAACAGAAGCCCAUCACUCUAUUUGUGUUUUACAAAACUGAUGACUGAGAACAUUCAUCCACAUGCCUGCCAGGUAAAAGGUCAUUUAUUCAGUGAGCAACAGCGGACGCUCUACUCAAUGAAUUAUAUCGAUAAGUGCUGGGAGAUUUACACAACCUACUGCAGACAGAACGAAUCCCCACCCUAUGAGCUUACGAUGAAAAUGAGGAAUUUCCUCUGGAUGCUGAAAGACUUUAGGAUGAUAAAUAAGGACUUGACUGCAACCAAAUUUAUGACUGUGAUAGCGGAGGAUAGCCCCUUCGUGUAUGAUGGAACCGACAGCAAUUUUGAACUUGAGCUGGUUUUCCUGGAGUUCUUUGAGGCUCUCUUGUGUUUCUCACUUUGCUGCAUUUUUGACCGGAUGACAAGAUCCUAUUUGAAAGUCCCAUAUGAUGACGGCACUGGAAACCGCUAUGGCAGCACUCACACAACACUAAACCAGAGCGUCCACAGGAGCCCGAGUGCAAUCACAAGCCGUGACUCUGACGUCCACUUCAGCAGUGCCAAGUCGUCCUCUGACAAGAUCGGCGUUCUACCUGAUAGUAAAAUCAGGAAAUCAGAGCCCAAGCUCAAGAAGUCCCUUGAGGAAAAAGGCUCCAAACUGAACAAGUCUCAAGGAAGAGGGCUGGUGUUUAUGUCUCCACAUGAGAAAUAUGAAAAACCCAAAGAUGAACAGAAAGAGAAACUCAACAUGUGGGUGAACAACCUCUACGUCUUCUUUGUGAACGUACUCUUCAGCGCCUACAAACGUGAGGAGAUGCUCAAGGAGAAAGUGAAGGAGAACCGGCUUGAGGAAGCAGCACUGGCUCAGCAGAGGCAGAUAGAGAAUGAAGAGCUGGAAGCCAGGCUGAACAUCCUACGGGAAGAAGAGGCCAAGAGACAAGAUUUCGAUAUUGACAUCACUGUGUUCAAGGAGCCGUUAGAGACUCCAUCCUCGCUGCCAAUCACACCCAGCCCUCCGAAAGAGGACAUGGUUUCCACCCAGGCCAGCAAGACCAGCCCUGGCAAGAAGAAGAAGAAGUGAAGGUACUGGGUGUCAUGGUUGAGCUGCAAGGACAGGCAGACAUAAAAGCUCUGUGACAAACGUCCCAUACAAUA